CUACUCUCAAAUCUCAAUCCUCGCAGGCUGAAAAACACAACUGCGCGGGCUGGACUGGUAGGAAAUAUCGGGAAAAUUUCCUAUUUAUCGGUGCUUCACCGAUAUUUCGCCGGUAUAUCGGCGAUUUUGCCGAUUUUUUGGCGAUAUUUCCGUGGAUCGAUAAUCGGUGGCGAUUAUCGUUUCGGUGACGACCGAUAUCCGAUAUAUCUUCGAAAUAUCGGCGAUAUUUCCCGAUUUUUCAAUCCCUGCUUCAAGACUAGUAUGGCGAAGGUUGCUACAGCUGGUCCUUUAUCUUCCAACUCUAUUCGUUUUGGUGGGGUUUCUGGGAAGGUGGAGGCAGGAGUUAAAAGGAAGACACCAUCGGAAUUGAGAGGAGAGCAGUUAAAGCGAAGGAACGUUAUAGAGCUUGUAGAUGAAUCUCCAGCUCCUUUGCUUGGUUCUACAAGGAACACCAAUGAGCUCAAGAAACAAGAUGCUUUCAAAGUUCCAAGAUACAUUGACACCCGUAUGGAUGAAGUUUUUCCUGCCAGAAAGUCUAGGUUUAGGAUGCUUCCUGGAAAAGAAAAUGCUAAGGAAGAUAUUUCAGCUGAGCGGGCUGGCUGCUUGAAGAAUAUGCGUGUUUCUUCAAAUUCAGUUGUCAAGAGUCAUCCACAACUUUCAUGUCCAGAGAAUACUGUGGCUUCAGCUGCAGUUUCCAAAGAUGGUACAAGGCAAGAUUGUGAAUAUGCUGAAAAGUGCAGUCAAAGCACAUUUCGUAGUGUGGCUGAAUUAUCACUUGGUAGUGAGAGGAUAUCUGAAAUAGUUUCUGUUGAUAUGGAUAAAGCAUUAAAAGGACUGGUUGCCCGUGAACCCCCUGCUUUUUCUGGUUUAGCUGCUGAUUCUACUGAAAAGUUUGGCAAUCUUACUUCAAUCUCUUCUGGCAAUUUCUGCUCUGAAUUUCAUAUCCCUGGGCAAAAGGCCCCACUGGAUUUUACGUUAAAAACUAAUAUGCAGAUAGUGUCUUCUUCCUCUGUGAACUGGUUUCAUAGAUUGAACAUGUCUGCUACUUACAAUAGUACGGCCCUAUUCACACCUCAAUUUGGUUGUUCCAAAGAUCAAAAUAUUAGCUGCUCCUCUGGGCUCACUUCCACUGCCCAAAUAUUCAAUUAUAGAGCUUUGCACUCCUGGGUACACCCUCAAUCUUCUCUACCACCAUCUGUCAUAUCAGCAUUGACCUUAUCUGCUGCAGAGGGAGAUUUCUUAAUCAAACGACAACUAGCAUGGGAGGACUCAUUUCGAAGUCUCUAUUACAUGCUUAGAAAGAAUAUCUGUAAUAUCUUCUAUGUUUGUACUUCACAGUUUGUGGUGGUGUUUGCUGGUGGUGACGGCUCAGGAGGAAAGAAACAGUCCUGUAAUGCUUAUAUCUCCCAGUCAACAAGAGGCUUAAGGUCAUUGCUGAGAGAGCAUGAUGUUUGUUUCUCUAUGCCUCUUUGCCAUUCUAAAGUAGAACAAGCCACCACUGAAGACCUGGUUGAGCUCUCAGAGAUUGAGAAAUGCAAUCUGGGCCAGACUCGACGUGUUGGUUCCAUAUCUGAUGUGGAUAACAGCCCACAGUCUUUGCUGUCUUUCAGUGGAAACAAGAAUGUGCAUGCUUUAUAUGACUUUAUGCUAAAUUAUAGAUCUUUCUUGACGUCCUUGACAAGUGUGGAUGUUCCUCUUCUGUAUUCACCUGUUCCAUUUCAGAAUGCUGCUCUUUCUGCUCCAGAGGUCAGUUGCAGGGAGUUGAAGAGAGCUGAUCAUGUUGCUUUUCCUCUUAAAGGAUCCAAAAUGAAAGACGAAGCAAUUGAAAGUGUUUCAGCUGGUCUCUCCUAUAGCAUUGAAAUCAAGGAUGCAUACAUUCCACCGUGGAUAAUAUCCAGUAUAUGUGCAACCAUGGGUUCUGAAGGGAGGAGCUUUGAGGCAAGUUUUACAACAGAGCCGACUUCAAUUAGCCUAAAUGCUGCAGUUGAAACUGUUGGCCAGAAAUCCGAUACCCAAGCAGCAACAGGUGAAGCCAUACAAGAAAGCACAUAUGCAUUUGGGGUUCCGGAGGCUGUUGUAACUUCUUACAUGCAUUCGGCCUUUUUAAAAGGCUUGAAAUAUGCCAAUGGCUCUUAUACGGCUCGUCUUUCUCCUGUAUAACAGUUCUGUUUUCAUUUGUUUGCUGAUCAAUUGCCUGUUUCCCCUCAUUAAUUAUUUUCUCUGUGCUUCUGGGUUGUAUUAUCUUAUCUGAUUAACAUUACUUGACCAACAAUUUUUUUAAAACUGUUGGAACAAAUUUGGUGGCGAGUCUAGUUAAAAUAAACAGAUACUUGAGUAGUUCCUUUUCAGUUCUUCUGGUAUGAAGUGUGAGAAAGAUUAGUGACAUGGAAAGUGUAUUGGGGUUGGAAGAUGUGGAUAUUGAAUAGCAUGGAUUGCAAACGAUGGAAUAAAAAACUUUUGAAAUCAGCUUGGUAGCUAUGUGGCAAGUGGUUCACUAUCCGAAUUGGUGUUCCAGCUUCCCGCCUGAUUAUCUCAAGUGGAAUGGCUAGCUUCUCUCACUAUGCCUGUAAACAAUGUAUCUGUAUCCCCCGUGUACUCUGCUGCUCUUAUCUUCAGAAGGAUCUCCUCCCACAUUUUCUCAAUCUUCUCUAUUUCAGGAUGUGAGCCUUCUCCAACUGUGGACUUGUGGAUACACUCUUCCAAUACUCUCUUCCAACUUUUGCUUUCAUCGUUUGCCUCAUCUUGGUGACUACCCCCUGCUUUGCAUUUGCAUAAAUGUUUGACACAGGAAAAUUUUGAUUGAUUCCAUCAUGAUCGACAAAAGAAUCAAUCUUGGAUUUAUUAUUUUCCAGCACUUGUGAGAGCCAGUCCAAGAUACUCUGGUAGAUAUAUCUGUUGACUCAGAUUUUAAAGGCGUAUAACGUGGAGUUCAGGACUGAGAACGAUGUCCAGUGCCCAACAGCUUAUGACAUAUAUAAUUCGAAAUCCAUGGAUCAGAUGUAGUUUGAGCGCCUUCCAAAUGGCUCUAGGAUUCGCAAGUGGGGUGGUAAGGAGUUUCCUGAUGAGCUUGUUGAAGAGCAAACUCGCAUUGAGGAGUGCAUGGACUAGUAUCAAACACAGAUGACUCUGUAGUUCCAGACUAAAUUUGACCUUCUGUCGACUCAGGUUCACUCUCAGCACGACCAGAUGAUGGACUACCUUCGCUCCAUCUUUCCACCUCCACCUCCCCAGCCUUGACUCCGAGCUAGUUUUGUUUUUCCCCUUGUUUUUUAUGUUAUCAAAAGUGGAGAUAUUUUCAUAUGGGCAUAUCUAAGCUAGAAGAAUUUCUGUUUUUGGACAUGUUUUAAUAUAUACAUUUCAUACUC